CACAAACAGAAAAGUGGACGUGACAAAAUCCCCUCCACGCCCCCACGCCUGUCCCACACCAUGUAUAAAUCCUGGGCCCCCAAUGCCCGCCGUUCGCCUUCACCAAACGCAAGCUCCAGCAUCUCUACAGCACAGCUGCUUCUCUACACAAACACUACAUCACGUCACGUCACGUCGCGCAUUCAACGCGCAGACAAACACCUUCUCACCAACACACCUCGAUUCAUCAUUCAUCUCCACGUCCAGCAGCUUCGCGGCCAGCACCAGUCGCACAAGCAAACAUGUCACCCCUCGCCCACUACAUCAUCUCCACUUCGCAGCCGCGCCGUCGCUCCACAGCCAGCCUCUCCAGCACCACCACGACCUCCUCCAUGAACUCUGACAUGGGCCUCCAGGCCACCACCGCCGACAUCGGCACCCCGAAGGGAUCCAGCGUUGACCUAACAGCACAGCGGAAACAAGCUGGGGAGAAACCCUCGGCCGUGAGCCAGGCGCAGGGAUGCAUGCACGUGUGCGGUGGAGGUAGGGUAGAGGGUCAACAACAAGGUUUGGGGAAUGGUGAGGGAAAGAGGAAGGGGGAGGGGAGGGGUGAGUGGACCUGGAAUGUAGGGUUUGGUGUGUGGUCAAGCUGA